AUGAAGUCGUUUGAAUGUGACCAGAAUGAGAAGAAAGACAACAAAAAAGCGAAAUCUUUUUCUGAUACUAACACAAUUUUCACCUUUCAAGUCAGAAAGAAAGGCGUACAAGGAAAAACGAAACAAAACGCAUCUGAAGAUUGGACAGAUAUGAAACACGAGUUGUUGCUUUUUGAUGUCCCCAAUAAUAACCCCCUAAGCUCUUACUCAUUUCUGUUAUGCUUCAUCAGUAAUCGAGACAAAGGGGAAAGAAGAAAAUGGAAAAUUGAACAAAGCGAAACUGCUUUUCGAUUUACGUUUCAAUCCGUCCACAUGUCCAUAUCGAAGAAGAUUGGAUAA